AUGAGCAAUCGGAAGUUCCACGUCAUAAUCGUGGGCGCAUCGAUCGCGGGCCUGACCCUCGCUCACUGCCUCUCCAGCGCCAAUGUCGACUUCACAAUCCUGGAGGCUAGGGCUAGUCAGAUCACUCAAGGUACUGGGCUCGUUCUGCAGCCAAAUGGAGCCCGGAUUCUGGACCAACUGGGAUUAUAUGAUAAGGUACUGCGCCAGGCAGCGCGCAUCGUGUCGUACACAACAUAUUUCGACAGUGGGCGCCUCCUUCUGGACAUUGACACUCGGCAUUUGACUUCUCGGCGGACGGGCUAUCCGCUCUCCAUCAUCUCACGGCAAGCGUUGUUGAGUAUCCUCUUCGACUAUCUACCUCGCCAAGACCGUAUUCGUUUCAACAAGAAGGUUAUUCAAGUGACUCCAUCCGCCCGGGAAGUCACUGUUCACACCGCCGAUGGUUCACAAGUCUCCGGGGAUAUAGUGGUUGGGGCAGAUGGUGUACACUCCAUUGUACGCUCGCAAAUGUGGCAAUAUAUCCAAUCUAACAGACACGCUGCUCGGUUUUUUCUGGCGAGGGAGAUCCCUCAGAAAACAUCGUUUGCUGGAGUCUUUGGCACUGCCGACCCUGUUCCAGGACUCAAAGCGGGCGUAGUCUACCGUACAUUUGGAGUUGGAUGGGUCAUGCUCAUCAUGGUUGGCAAAGAUGCGCAAGUUUUCUGGUUCAUAUCUAUAGCAUGGCCGCAUACGAGUCGGCAGGCUUGGAGACGUCAGCAAGGGAAGACGAGCGUCGCACCCCUCAUGGCACCGUUCCUCGACAAACACGUCUCCGGCGAGGUCACUUUCAUGGAGAUAUACGACCGCACAAGUUCGUUCACGUUCGUUCCGCUCGAGGAGUCUUUCCAGAACCAAUGGUCAGCAGGCCGUUUUGCAUGUAUAGGAGACGCUGUGAACAAGACGACUCCCAACAUAGGCCAAGGAGCAAACUGUGCCAUAGAGACGGCUGCUUCCGUGGGAAAUUGCAUCGUGCUAGCCAGCAAAACCGAUGCGCCCUGGACGGAAGCCUACCUGGAGUCACGAUUGCAGACUUGGGAGAACAAAGGCAGGUGGUAA